AAUAACUUAGAGCGUCCCGAGAGAACAACAACAAGGUUACGGCGAGCAGAGUAGAAAACGUUUUCAGUUGAUAUAUUGGUGCAAACGUCGUGUUGCGUCAAUUUAGAAAGCGUUUACUAAGCAAACCCAUCAAUAUUAUAUAGUCACUAUCAGAUUCUGUCAACUGAAAUCCCGAGGUCGGGCGUUAGAUGAGACUAUAGUGUUUGUGAAAGUGUGAAAAUGUUAGCCAGUUUAAGACAGUCCUGUCAGUGUACAUGCAGAUGUUUUCUACAAAACAGAACUCCAGGAUUGGUAUUUACAGCUGUAAGAAAGUAUGAGCAUCCUGAAACAGCUGUAUUUGAAAGAAUGCACAAGGUUAACAAUGUUGGUGUAGGAAAAUACCCACUUCUACGGAGACGUCACUACAUCCUUAACAAAGUACAUCCCUCUGAACAGGCAUCAUAUAAAAAAACUAUGAAGUGUAUUCUCACGAAAGAAAUAGAUGGUAUCGGUCUGAAAGGAACUGUAGUGGAGGUACCAAAACGAUUGUUCAGGAACCAGCUGUAUCCCAGUGGAGAGGCUGUAUAUGCCUCACCAGAAAAUAUAGACCUGUAUGAACAGUAUAGAAAGGAGAGUGAAGAAGAAGGAAUAGAUUAUGAAAUAAAACAGCUGAUGCGAAAGAUGGCAGGAUUUCAUUUGAGAGUAUUUAUGAAUGGUAAAGAAUCGUGGACUCUAGGACCAAACCACCUUAAAGUUGCUUUUAGAAAAAUGGGAGUCAUGUUAGGUGAAGAUAACAUUAUUAUGCCUGAUAAAGGUGUACAGAACAUGGGGGACUUUACCUUCAGACUUCAGAUGAAUGAGAGAAUAGCCUGUCAGGUAUGCGGGACAGUCUACCCAGUGGGAGAGGAUGGUCUCCCACAAUCAGAUGUAGAAUAUCCACCAAUUUGGGACAACCCUCUCAUUGAUCCAUCUACACCAACUGAGUAUUUGAAGAAAAAAGCUGACAAUGUAGAAGAUACUGAAUCAAUUUCAGAAAAAAAUGUUGAAGAUGUUGAGGAGAGUACUGAAAAUGAAGAUAGUGAUAAGACUUGAGGGAGAAAAGUUUUCAAUGAAAUAUGACAACUUAAUAUUUGGCUUAGUCAUUAUAAUUGUGUUUGCUCAUUUUUUUGUUCCAGCAGAACAUUGCUUUAACAAAAUUGUGGAAGUAGCUUUAACAUGAACAAGUUUGCAGAAGUCACUUUCACAGUUGAAAAAUAAAAAAUGAGGGACAGAUUCCAAGAACAGUUAAAAAAAUAUUAUAGCAUUAUGCUGGAAAAUGGU